GCAACCAUCAUGGCUUUCAAAAGCAACCGACAGUAUUUUCUAAACCCAAGGCUUUCCCUGGUGGCUCUGGUAUGGUUAUGUGCCAUUUAUGUCACAGAAAGUGCUACUCCAAUUCACAUCAGAGGGGAGGUCGGUGGAAAUGUGACCUUUCACUGUCCCGAUGAAAAGAAAGAGGAUGUUCAAUUUUUCUACUUUCAAACCAACGACACAUUCGUGAACGGCUACUAUGAUUCAAAAGAUCUAAGGACAUAUGGACCGAUAUGGGAGAACACAAGAGUGGAUCACAAUGAGAAAACUGUGGACAUGUACAGACUGAACAUCUCACAUAGCAGAGUCUAUGAGUGCAUUAUCCAGUACAAAGACGGGUCUUUGAGUACAAAGUCAAUCAGCCUCAGUGUCACAGCCAACUACAGUAAACCCACAGUCACAAAGUCCUGUGAAGAUGGCUCCAGUUGCCUUGUGACGUGUGUGUCCUAUGGUGGGUACCCAGGCACUGAGGUGAUGUGGAACAUACCUGUGUCUGAGAAUACCAGCGGCCAGCUGUGGAAAGUUGUGAACAACAGUGAAGUGCCCAAUCCAAGCACCAUGAUGUACAAUAGCUUCAGCACUGCAUAUUUUAAUUGCUCCAAAGGAGAACUGACAUACCUCAGCUGCUCUGUCGGUGACGUCACCUCGAACAUGUUCUCAGUCUGUAAACCUAAGGUUGUACACGGCAUAUACAAUCCUGUGAUAAUAACAGCCAUCUGUGCAGUUGUGGCUUUUGUCAUUUCUAUUGUGGCAUUGCUACUGUGGCGUAAAUACAAGAAAAGACCGACAGGAGCACUAGCAGUAGAUGUGAAACAUGGGCAGAGUGUAAAAGAGGAGGAAAUAGCCCUCAGCAUAAAAGAGGAGGGGGAGAGGCAUCCUGAGUGCUGACCUCGUGAAGAAGUACAUCCGAUUUUUAUUCGGACCAAUAAUAUUACCUGUUCUAGUCUAGAACUAAAACUGUAUGUCACUCAAGUGUGCGUUAACAUUUUGACUGACUGGCUUCAUACAAGACAGGAAUAGCCAGUACCCAAAAGCGUCCAAGGAGCACGGUGUCAAUGUUUCAGUGACACUUGUGACCUUUAAUGUUUGAGGAAGUAUUCAUCACUAGUAUCCCUUUACUGGUGAAACACAGUGCGUCAUUCAACUAAGAGUAACUUAUACUUCCCAAAAAAAGGACUUUUCUAAUGGUUUGUGGUAAGAUUGAUGUCGUGUACUGGGAAAAAAACAGCAUCUAUAGGGAAACAUUUCCCAGCACCGUGAGUGGGAAAAUCAAACACAGACAAACAGUUUGUUCAAAGCUUGAUGAAAUGUGUAUUUGAUUGUUACACUGACAUGUCUGGGUACAAGUGUGAACUGUUACAUGUGUCAGUUUUGGAAUGAGUUUUAAUCAUUUUUUGAUACAUAUAAUGUUGUAUAUUGCACUUUAAACCCCCCCCCAUUUUUUUUUUUUAAUAUUCUCUUGUUUUUUUAUUUUUGGCUUUGUAGAAAUCCUUUUUUUUUUAAUUUAAUGUAACAUUUGUGUCCAGGGUUUUACUCUUCAAUUCGUUUGUCCAUCAGAAAUGAUCUGUAGCAGAACCUGGGGAGAUAAAUAUAUGAAUGCAGGGAAGAUAGAUGUCAGAAGAGCGUUUGCACAUGAAUUUGUUCUCUGCACUUUGAGAUUCCAGUAUUCCUGUGUAAGGUGCAAUAAUGAAUUAAAGAAAAAAGGGAAAGAGGUUUUUCUUUUAUAACGAAAUUACCGUUACCCUAAUUUUUACUUCUUCACAGCUCCCUGCUCUUUUUCUCAGGUGACUGUUCUCGUGUGAGAGAAACUUUUUGUAUGUACAUAUAUUUUGGUAAAUAUUUAUUUCAUUUUAUGUUUUUCUUCCUAAAAAUCUAAAUAUACAUUCUUUGCCCUGUUUACACUAUUGGGUUAGAAGACUUCAGUUAUUCCUCCUUCCUUGGAAUUGCAAAAGUCUCAAAGGCCUGCUUUCAUUUCCUAAAUCUGUGCAAAACACUCUGCUGUUUUAACUGGCUGUUUUUGUUUUUUUGGUAUUUCCCAUAAAGUCACAGCUGUGUCUGGAUCUCCUUUUUUUCUUUCAUAUUGUAAUGUAUAAUCAAUUAAAGCAGUGUAAUUUAAUUAUUA